GGUCGCAAGGAACCACUUCCGGGGGCGCGGUGCGGCGGCGCUGGAGAUUUCAUCUCAGAAAUCUUGUUGGCCCUCUCUUCAAAAUAUAUCUACAACCUGAGAAUUUACCACCUCUACUGCUACCUGGUGCAAAAGUUGGCUCUGGAGAGUGGUGAAUCGGAGGGGACCUCAGGCAGCAGGCAGCUGGGGCCAUGGCCUCCGACCUGGACUUCUCCCCUCCCGAGGUGCCUGAACCCACAUUCCUGGAGAACCUGCUGCGAUAUGGACUCUUCCUGGGGGCCAUCUUCCAGCUCAUCUGUGUACUGGCCAUCAUUGUACCCAUUCCCAAGUCCCACGAGGCGGAGGCAGAACCAUCUGAGCCCCGAAGUGCGGAGGUGACGAGAAAGCCCAAGGCCACUGCUCCUUCUGCAAACAAGAGACCCAAGAAGGAGGCCAAGAAGAAGCGGUAGAAGAGAUGGAGCCGGGCCAGGCCUCCCCUGUUUGUUUAGGUCAAGGUGCCAGAGCCACUGCAGUGCUAGGGAUCCUACUAGUGCAACAACCAGACCUGAAAGAUGCCUGGAGUGAGAGCCAGUGGAAGACCCAGUCAGGGUGAUGCCCCAUCCUCCUCCAGCACAUGAAAGGGAUUUGGCUGAAUGAGUGUGUUUUCUUGGGCCCAGACUUCCUGAGCAUCUGAAAUGGGGGAGGCCAUUUCAAUCAAUCUCAGACCACCCUCUUCAGCCCAUCACAGCACACUCAGCGUGUACCUUUUGGCUUCUGUCUGUGCCCUCUCCCACACCCCCCAGUUCUUUCAGGCUCUGACCGGUGAGGAAAAGUCAUUUGGGGAAGUAAACGUUAAUAAACGGCCCCACACGCUGAGCCGCCUGUGUGUUACCUGCGCUGAGGGGGAGCGCUGGUCCCUCCCCUACGAGGUGCGGGAAGGGUGCACCCCCAGAGAAGUGGGACAGUGGGGCCGGGGAUGGCCGGAGCGGGGGCCGUCUGGUCAGAGCAACUCCGAGACAAAUUUUAGGAAGGGUCCAGCCAACUGCUUCGUGUGGCCCUUAGUCACUGGAAAUGUGGUAAACAUCCGUGCGUGUGUCACAGUUUCCACCGGGGCCGGGCCCCUCUCAGUCCCUGGUUCCUGCUGCCUGAGGAAGACGCUGCUUGUCUUCAAAGCAGCUUGAGGAAAACUGAGUUGGAGGCCUUACGUGGCAUGGGGUGGGUCACACAGGUCCUGUCACGUGCCCUGAAUCAGCCACCAAGGAGAAGCCUCGAUCUCUGGUACCUCUGAAAGCCUGGCUGGUUUACAGUUUGCCGAACACUUUCCCAAAUGUUGUCACAACUGAUGAGGUGGAACUUAAGGGAUGAGCGUGUGUCAUCUCCCUUUUAGAGACAGGAGACUGAAGUCCUGACGACUUGAGAAUGCCAGAACUCGGACUUGGGCCCAGUCCUUGGCCCUUUUUUCGACAUUUAACAAACAUUCAGUGAGUGUCAGCAGACUGGUGCUGUGAGGGGCCAGCCUGCCAUGGAGGGCCUGGCAGGAUCCAGCACCCUAGGUUUCAGGAGGAGCCCGGGGACUGGAGUGCCUGCACAGCAAAGGGCCAGGCACAGCCAGAUCCUAGCGGAAGGGGCUUCUGCUGAGUGUUUCUGUUCUCAGACGUUUACUCAGAGUCUCUUAGAUGUCUUAUGCCACUCUAGGGCAGGGGGUGCAGAAAUAAGGAGGCCUCCCAGAAGCCCAAAGUGAGCCUGGCCCAGUGGGAGACUGCGACAUGUACACAGCUUGGGUGUGGAGAGCUGUCCAGCGAGGAAGCAGUGGGUGGUGCUGUGGGAGCUGGGUGGGGGUCCCCAGCUUGGCCUUGAGGCAGGCAGCACAGCCUCCUGGCAGAGUAGAGUAACUGAGCUGAGUCUUAAGGGCCCAGCUGGAGUUGAGACCGGAGGGGAAUUAUGCUGGGAGAGUAGGGGCCAGACCUCUAGAGCAGACCCGUCCAGCUUCCGUGAGGGGAGACAGCUCUGGAAUCACAGGAGCAGGGCCGCCUCAGUAUGUCUGACUCCCUUAAAUUGUCUCCUGUAGAGGUUGUUUGCCAGAGAACAGCCCUAGGAAAGUAAAGGUGGUCACCCUCUGCUCCGCCAACCCCUCACUCCACACUUGCUUUGGACAGAGUUUGCAGCAUUUGGCACUCCUGGCUUCCAGGACCCCACCCUCGCCUGGUUUUCCUCCUACAUCACUGGUUCCUCCUCAUCAAAGGGGGCCCAGUCUCAGUCCUUGAUCUCUCUGCCCGCACUCCCUGGGAGAUCUCAUCCAGGCUCAUGGCUUUAAAUACCACCAACAUGCCUAUGCCUCCCAAAGAAAUCCCACCAGACCCCUCUCCUAAACUCCAGACUCAUAUAUAUCUGACUUCCUACUCGGUAUCUCCAUUUGGAUACCCAACAGGCAUCUCAAAGUAAAGUCCUGCCACCAGCAGCCCCAAGUCUGAUUUUUGUGGUCUUCCCCUUCUUUUU